AUGGCUUCGGAGAAGCCGCUCGUUAUCGUCACGUGCACAGCACCCGUCAACAUAGCUGUCAUCAAGUACUGGGGAAAACGUGACGAGGAGCUGAUCCUGCCUCUCAACUCCUCCCUGAGCGUCACCCUCCACCAGGACCAGCUAAAGACCACCACAACUGCCGCCAUCAGCAGAGACUUCGCAGAGGACCGGGUCUGGCUGAACGGCGUGGAGGUGGACGUGGGGCAGCCCCGGUUGCAGUCCUGCCUGAGGGAGAUCCGGCGCCUGGCCUGGCAGCAGAGGAGGACAGACGAGGGGGAUGCCCCGCCCCCGCACCUCAGCUACAAGGUGCACAUUGCAUCGCAGAACAACUUCCCCACGGCCGCGGGCCUGGCGUCAUCCGCCGCGGGCUAUGCCUGCCUGGCCUACACCCUGGCGCGAGUCUACAGGGUGGAGGGCGAGCUCUCGGAGGUGGCCCGCCGUGGCUCGGGCAGCGCCUGCCGGAGCCUCUAUGGCGGCUUUGUGCAGUGGCACAUGGGAGAGCAGGCCGAUGGCAAGGACAGCAUUGCCCAGCAGGUGGCCCCCGAGUUGCACUGGCCUGAGCUCUGGAUCCUCGUGCUUGUGGUGAGUGCUGAGAGGAAGCUGACGGGCAGCACGGCCGGCAUGCAGACCAGCGUGGAGACCAGCACCCUGCUCCAGUUCCGGGCCACGUCAGUGGUGCCAGGGCGCAUGGCCGAGAUGAUCCGAUGCGUCCGUGAGCGGGACUUCUCCGGCUUCGGACAGCUCACCAUGAAGGACAGCAACCAGUUCCAUGCCACCUGCCUGGACACCUUCCCCCCCAUCUCCUACCUCAACGACACCUCCAAGCUGAUCAUGUAUCUGGUGCACCGCUUCAACGCCCACCAUGGGCAGACCAAGGUGGCGUACACGUUUGACGCGGGUCCUAACGCUGUGAUCUUCACCCUGGACGACGCUGUGGCGGAGUUUAUGGCAGCUGUGAAGCAUUGCUUCCCUCCGGAGUCAAAUGGAGACAGGUUCCUGAAGGGGCUGCCGGUGAUGCCAGUCCCGCUGUCGGACGAGCUGAAGGCCGCACUAGCCCUUGACCCGAGCCCUGGCAGCAUCAAGUACAUCAUUGCUACAAAGGUGGGGCCAGGGCCCCAAAUCCUGGACGACCCCCACCUUCACCUCCUGGGCUCUGACGGUCUGCCCAAGCCUGCUGCCUGA